ACAGCAACACUGUGAGGCCAGUGGGCGCCUCAACCUCUCCAUAAGGUGCCUCUAGUGGCACUGUUGUUCCCCUUCACUAUCCUGGCACCAGCGGUAGCCCCAGCCUCCCUAGGUCUCUAGCAGCGAUGACCCACUACCGCGGGGACAUGGAGACAUCGGGUUAACUGCCGUCAGUUAUAGACGUCAAGCUUGGACACCACCCUGAAAGAUUGACAUCAAGCUUAGACACCACCCUGAAGCAUUGACAUCAAGCUUAGACACCACCCUAAAGCAUUGACAUCAGGGACACCACCCUGAAGCACAGGCAAGCAGAGGACGGUCACCCCUGAAGCGCAGAUAAUCAGAAGCAGACGUUAGUCAAGGCCUAGGCCAGCAGGACGACCUCGUUAACAGCUGAGAUAACAGGAGGAACACGAUAGCUGAUAAUAGUGAGAGAUAUCCCAGCCCCAAGUAUCUGUGUGUCUAGCACAGGCGCCACCACAAGCAUGCCUUAUUUGUUAAUUUCAACUCAGCUUAAGUUGGAUACUGGUCCAACUUAUGUUGGAGAUAGUGAAAGUGACCUUGAAUUGAUGAAUUAUCUUCAAGCAGAAGUAAUAACAGAACCAACUUCUAAGAGUUUCAGUUACUCUACGAAACUGGUGCCACGCAAGGUCUUGAAUCUAUUAGAGGUAAGAGGAUGGCAAGUAGUAUCAUCGGCUAGCAUUGGACAAACUUGUAUUUGGACACUGCAUAUUGAAUAAAUCUUGGCUAAAUGA